AUGAAGAAAAUUAAAUUGCCGCUGAUUGCAAUACUCUUGUGGUUUAUUGUGAUUGUUGGUUUUACCCAAACCAAUUCAUCAUAUCCCCCGCCAUCGGCCAAUUCUAUUUCCGAUGAUUAUCAAUUCGAUAUGCAUGAUGAUGUGCAGGAACGUCUCUAUCUCUUAUCUAUGGAUACAAAUAUUUCACCCUGUGACGAUUUCUAUGGUUAUGCAUGUGGCAAUUGGAAGCCAGAAAAUGGAGGUGGAACGUAUCAAGAGACUUUGACAAAAUUGGAUUACGAAGUCAAUGUCGAAUUGAAACAAAUUUUGCGGAAUGUUAGUCAAACUACGUCGAAGAAAUAUGCCGCCGAAGUUUCGGAUUAUUACAAAUCCUGUUUGGCCACUGAAGUACCUACAACAGUGGAAUAUUUAAAAUGGUUGGAAACGCAUGAACAUGAUCUACAAUGGCCCAUUAGUGUUACCCAGGGAAAUUCCAUAUAUCAGACACCACAACAAUACGACUGGAUACGUAUGUUGGCUAUUUUGCGGAAAUAUGGAUUUAAUGAUGUCAUCGUUCAUGAAGCGGCUGUGCCCAAGGAUACAAAUCCAAAUAUUUUGGUUCUGGAAUUGGGAAGACCUCAAGAUUUGGGAAAACAUACUAUGAAUAAUUUACGUUAUGAUGUGGUCACCGGAACAUUGCGAUUCCUUAUGCCCGAACGGGAAUAUCGCACACUAUGGAGUGAUUCUCAAGAUUUGGAUAAUAAACUGUUGGAGUUGAAGACAAAAUAUGAAACGGAUGAUGAGAUGCGUUUUACCACGGUCAGUGGUUUAAAUGAUCAGCCAUGGUUGCUGCAGUAUCUAAGUGUUCUGCUCGACAUUCACAAUUUGGAUCCCACAAUGGAAUUGGUUAUAACGAACAUCUCUUAUCUACGAGCGGUAGUGGAUUUUUUGCAGACCUACAACCCACGAUUUGUUUGUGAAUAUUUGCAAUUGAAAUUCCUCAGCUAUUUGAAUUACAAACAAUUCAAAACGGAAUAUAGAGAUUGUGUUUCAAGCACCCGUCUACUGUUCCCCCUGCCCACCCAAUGGUUGUUUGAACAAAAUCAUCCAGAGCUAGAGACGGAAAUCGAUGUUGUCAACAAAAUGUUUACGAAAAUUAAACAGAUAUUCCUGAAGGUUCUCAAUAAAAAUGUUUACAAUCUCGAUUCAUCAAUGAUGAAGUUUUUCCGAGCCAAGCUACGUACUCUUCAGCUGAGAAUUGUUUAUCUGGCCUCGCAUAGCCUCGAUGAGCUGUAUCGAAAUUUAAAUCUCAGCCCCAAUGAUUAUUAUGGUAAUCGUUUGAAAAUUUACAAUUUUAAUUUUCAAGCCACACAUCGCCAUUUGAAUAUGAGGUUAAGGCGCAAUGCCCUGGAAUUUCUACCCCUUGAACAAUAUGACACGGCCAGUUCUCUGCUGCCCUACAUUUUGGCAAGACAACGUUCAGUGCUGGUACCGCUGGGAAUCUUACAACAUCCCUACUAUCGUCCUGAAUUACCCAUGGCAUAUAUUUACAGUUCCAUUGGCUAUCUUUUGGCUCGACAAAUCGUUUAUGAAUUUACCAUUGCCGAUAUUGAUGUCGGUGCCUAUGGUCAGGUGUUCUCUUAUGUCCUCGAUAUGUUAAUACAAAAUGAGGAUUUCAGAAUGGAUUUUGAGCACAUCGCUCAACAUCAUCGUGGUGAAACUGAAGAAGUGGACAGUGCAAUAAAUGGCCUGAAAUUGGCCUAUCAAACAUUCAAAGAAGAUCAAUAUGAUGAGAAUCUAUUGAAAUCAUUUUUCCUCAAUUUUGCCCAAAUAUAUUGUGGAACAGCAGAUGCCAGUUAUCAUCGGCCAUCACAGAGUACGCUGAAUAGGAAAAUUGUCAAUUUUUCUGUCAAUCAUAUUGGUGAUUUUUCACGGGCAUUUGGUUGUGAGCGGGGCGCCGUACAUGGUUUAUUAUUUUGGAAUAAAAAUGAUGAUUAG